CUGGCCUGUCUCAGGGAAUGUUGUUGCUGGGAGGGACGGCGUGUGUUUGCAGAGUAAACGUUCUACAUGGAAACAGCACGGUAGCGAGAAGUGUCAUUGAAUGUUCCAUUGGAAAUAUGUGUCUACCAGGAUGAAUUAAAUUAGUACACCGUUUGGAUUAAGCACUUGUACAACAUGGUGAGUUUUGGUUAAACAAGACGCGACUUUUUAGCUAAAUAACUAACGUCGCCAGUUAACGACUUCCCAGGCCGCGGCAGGGUUCGAGUCUUGCUGAGUCUUGCCACCAUGUUUACAUCCUUGCUUUCGCCAGACAACUUUGUCAACACAACUGGAAGCUAGACUACAAACGUCUCUAAAAUCGCGAACAAAUUGAAUGUCGUGACAUUUGCUGAUAAGGGAAAAAUGACAAGUAGCUAACUAACUAUUAAAGUAAGCGUUCUAACUAACCUUAGUUAGCUACAUUUAAAAUGUACCUGUUUGUUGUGCAUCUAGCUAAAGAGGCUAACGGUGCGUUGGCCAGCUAACUAGCUGGCUAACGGUGCGUUGGCCAGCUAACUAGCUACAAUCUGCGCUGCUAGUUGCUAACUACCUAACCAGCCACUUGACGAAUGCAAAUUAUUUACAGAUUAAAAAACAACAACAUUUAGACAGUUAUGCACACCAACAUAUGUAAUAUAACGAUAUUGGAGCCCUUUUGUUGGUGAAAUGGUGCCUGACACUGUUAGGCUAACGUUAUGCAUUUGCUGGCAGCUAGCUAAACUUGCCAAUCAAUCUCUCACUGGAAACGGUAGUAGUAGAUGGCCUAGGAGCUAGUAGUAACGUUAACUUGGUUACAACUUUUUAAUGUGUCAACAGCAAAUGUUUCUAACGCGUUUUCUGUAAGUUGUUUAAGAUGUGUCAAGUUGGCAUAUUCACUUUAACAGCAGUUACGUUACGGUCCCAAAAACUACCAUAAAAUAAAAAUGCCUACUUCCUGUAAUUUAGCUAGCUAGAACAAGGCCUAAUUACUGUAAUUUAGCCAGCUAAAUAAAUUACAGGAAGUUGGCCUUUUUAUUAUUUUAAGGUAGUUUUGGGGACUGUAACUGCUGUUAAAGUGAAUAUGCCAACUUGACACAUCUUUGUCACAAACCAUGGUGUUUGAGACAAGGUAAGCUUAGUCUCAAACACCAAAGUAAGCUUUCGGCCCAGGGGCAGACCUUGAAGUGGCGGGUUUCUGCCAGUUUUCUCACCUAACGGCCAGGGUUUCACACCCAACUCAAUGGGGUUCUUUAUUAGAUAAGGCUCCCUGGGGUACUUGUAUCUUGAAAGUGAACUUAUGUGACCUUGCUGUACUAUCCAUUUGUUAUCUAUUGUGACUGCUCAGCCAAAUGCCAGUGUCAUAAACGUUUACAAGUUUGUAUCACUAAAUAAAUUUCUACAGAUAUGAUUUAGGUGGCCAAUGCUGCUCAUUGAUGAAGUGGAUGUGUGUCAGCAGAACCAAGUAGUUAUUUGUCCUCAAAGGAGUACGUUCUUGCAUGUUGGAUGUCAAAUGUUCACAAGGGCAGUAGACGAGGUCUAGCAACACUCUCGUCUUGCCCCUUGUAGAUGAGCACAUGCCGUUGGUGCACAUCAGUGGGCGACGAUGUUGCAAAACUGCUCCAGAGGUACUGUGCUGGGAAUCUGUUAGCAGAGGAUGAGAAGGCACUCAACAAGGACCUCAGGUACUGCCUGGAGUGUGUGGUAGUGUACCACAGGGCGAAAGAGGAGUUGCCUGGACUGCACAGGGUAAGGAGGAACCAUGUAUGGUUUGUGGUCGAUUCAUCCACAUUGCUGAGUAUUAAAAUAAGACCAUAAUAUGGAUAGGCAGGUGUGUGAUCACAAAUAAAAUCACGUACUUGAAAAACUGUUGCCAGUGUCCACAUACUUUCUGUACGAUUGAUCGACUCCUUUCCUCACCACAACCCCUCUAAUCUCUCUUGCUCUCUCUCCCACUCUCACUCCCAAAAAACUCUCUCUCACACACACACACACACAGAGGCUAUGGGAGUUGGAGACGUCCAGGCUCCUGGGCAACUUCUCUAAUGCAGCAAAGAAGGCACGGCCGUCUAAGGACCUCAGCUAUGUAGAAGAGGACGGCCGGGAAAUCGCAGUGCCUCAUAUCAGCCCCGCCGAGUACGAGGACAGUCUUCGGGUUCCCCUGUCAGAGGUCCUCAAAUACCCCUACCUGCUGGCACAACCCGAAUUGAGUAAGCACUCUUUUUCUUUUCAAUUUAGGUGAUGGAUAUCCUAUAAAAGCCCCCAAACCAAAUUUAGGAAUGAAGCAUGCUUGAUUAAGUCCUGGACUGUGCUCUUGGUGGGUUUAAAUUGAUCCGAUUUUCUAUUUUCCAGGUGAAAUGUGUGUUGAGGCAAUAUGUAAGAUGGAGGAAUAUAACUCCUUCCAGGUGUUGGAUAAAUAUCCAGGGAUCUACCUCCUCCUCGUCCACCCCAACGAGACGGUAAUAACUUAAAUGCUGAAUUGUUACAAAUACAAAAAACAAAUGGAGACUUUUAUGGUUCGAUGGUAAUUAAAUAAAAAAUACAUUUUGUAUAUCUAACACGUCUUUAUAUUUGUUAAAGAGCUUAUUAAGGCUCUCGUCUGCCUGGCAUGGUCACAAACGCUUCUGUAAGUCUACUGUCAUCACUUCUGCUGUUAUUUAUUCUUUCAGAUUAGGCGGUGGGCAAUUGGUGCUGCCAGGUCUUUAGGGAAGGUGGACCGAGACGACUUUUAUGAACUUCAGGACAUCUUCUCCUGCAUGUUCUGCAAUGUCGAGCUGCGAAUCCCCCAGAACUUCCCAGACAUGGAUACCUCCUAUGAUCCUACGACUAAGAUGACAUGGCUGCAACCGCAUCUUUACGAUUCAAAAAAUGACAAAAACUACUGGUUGGGUAUGUUUCUUUGCCCUGUGUUCCCAUUUGGGGUCUUCCAGACCUUUCUCCAAGAGAGUGUAUGUUUUUUGUGAAACAACUGAUGUGCUCGAGGGUAAGUUAACCAUUUCUGAAGCGCAAAUAAAUACUAUACCCGUUAUAUGAUCCACAGCAGUGUUUUAUACACUGAACAAAAAAUAUUAACGCAACAGUUCAUAUAAGGAAAUCAGUCAAUUGAAAUAAAUUCAUUAUGCGCUAAUCUAUGGAUUUCACAUGACUGGGAAUACAGAUAUCCAUCUGUUGGUCACAUAUCUUUAAAAAAAGGUAGGGGCGUGGAUCAGAACCACUCAGUAUCUGGUGUGCCCACCAUUUGCCUCAUGCAGUGCGACACAUCUCCUUCACAUGGAGUGGAUCAGGCUGUUGAUUGUGGCCUGUGGAAUGUUGUCCCACUCCUCUUCAAUGGCUGUGCGGAGUUGAUGGAUAUUGGCGAGAACUGGAACACGCUGUCGUACAUGUCGAUCCAGAACAUCCCAAACAUGCUCGAUGGGUGACAUGUUUCGUGAUGUGACUUACUUUAAUGUAUGACUGUUAUUUAUCGAAUCACCUAACUAUGUUUAAUUGCCACUCGAUUUAAAUUAAUAAUGUAACAAUUAACUCAUUAGGAAUUUGGGGCACCACAGAAGUUGUUUAAUGAGUUACCAUGUCCCGAAUUAAACUCUUAGAAGAUAUAUAUAUGUUAUAUAUCGAUAACAGUCACUUAUCAAAUAAUUACCUUUUGUCAGUCUCAUUCUGAACGUCGCAUAAUCCUUGUACCUGCAAGAACCCUAACCUUAUUGAUGAAUCAGCAAUACACAAAUUGGCUUUAUUAUUUAUUUACUAACUAAAUAAUAACACCUUACAAACACGUUAUUGAUUACUAACGUAAUACAAUGAAUACAGGUCCCUAGUGGACUGGACUAACAUUAGCAUGAAUGCUUGGGUAGUGGAGGGGUCAGAAUGGACGGUAGAGACAGAGAUUCAAACUAUCGUUGUUAUUUUGGAAACAACGCUCACAGUAAUCAUAAUACUUAUGCACCCUAAUAAUCGCUCAUUCGGAUUAGAAAUGCAACAUGUAUUUACGUGUUGCUGUCCUCUAGUUGAGUUGAUGAUGUAGGAUUCUGGUUUGCCCACCAGAGAUCUCAAUGUCCUUGGUAGAGUUUCUGGUCGUAGUGGUGGUUAGAAUGGAUACUUAAGAUGUACCAGCGGUUGUCUGAGAGGGAUUGUCCUCCUCUCUCGUGUCUUGAGUGAAAGUUCUCUAGACGACUAUACAUGCCAGCUGCAGACUGAGAUGAUAAGGUCUAGUGCAUUGUCUUCUUCUUCACCUCGUGUAGAGGUUCAGAGUUUCUCAAUUUCAAACAUGUGGACUCACGUUUUCUGGUCUUUCUAGUCUAACCAUUUUGUAACGUUUAGCUCACGCUUCACGUCUGCUGGUCUGUAGUGUUUCAACCAUUUCAAGCCGUGGGGCUUGCUGGUCUGGUGAAUUUCGUCACAAGGCUUUUUAUGCUCUUGGGGUAAAAGGGGUGUUCCAUCAUGUUUGUGCUCAUCUUGGCGUGGCCACUGACUCAGAACAAAUCAAUAUGGAAAACAAUCAUCUCAUCUAGAAUGCUGAAUUCACAUUAUCUUCACAAAAGUAUUAUUAUACUUAAUAAUUUGUUUUAUACAACCAUUAGAUGCAAACCCCAUAACUGGGAAGUGUACGCCCCCAGAGAUACAGUUAUGUUGUUCCACCAUCUUUAAUGACAUCACAACAAAGUAACACAUUUGACAUGAUUGUUCUUUAAGUCCCCACCAACCAUUUCCCACGUUCUUUUAAGUAGGAAUAUUGUUUCAUUAUCCACUUUUGGUUGUUGGAGUCUUGGCGGGAAGACUUCCUUUGUCUCACAGAGAAAUUCCCUCUCCCAAUACUGCAUGGCACGGAAAAUAAAGUUUCUGCAAGGAAUUUACGACCGGUCAUAAAACUGGCCCCCAGGAAAGGGGGUGUUCAAACCUUUACCUAGCCGGAAUCUUUGAUACUCAGUCAUGACACAUGUCUGGUGAGUAUGCAGGCCAUGGAAGAACUGGGACAUUUUCAGCUUCCAGGAAUUGUGUACAUAUCCUUGCAACAUGGGGCCGUGCAUUAUCAUGCUAAAACAUGACGUAAUGGCGGCGGAUGAAUGGCACGACAAUGGGCCUCAGGAUCUUGUCCCGGUAUCUCUGUGCAUUCAAAUUGCCAUCGAUAAAAUGCAAUUGUGUUCGUUGUCCGUAGCUUAUGCCUGCCCACACCAUAGCCCCACCGCCACCAUGAGGCACUCUGUUUACAAAGUUGACAUCAGCAAACUGCUCACAUGACUCCUUUCAUGCUAUCUGCUCGGAGAGUUGAAACCGGGAAUCAUCUGUGCAAAGUACACUUCUCCAGCGUGCCAGUGGCCAUCGAAGGUGAGAAUUUCCCCAAUGAAGUCGAAUACGACAGGUCAAGCAAGACCUGUCCGGGUGGCUGGUCUCAGACGAUCCCGGAGGUGAAGAAGCCGGAUGUGGAGGUCCAGGGCUGGCGAGUUUACAUGUGGUCUGCGGUUGUGAGGCCGGUUGGUCGUACUGCCAAAUUCUCUAAAAAUACGUUGGAGGCGGCUUAUGGUAGAGAAAUUAACCUUAAAUUCUCUGAUAACGGCUCUGGUGGACAUUAAUGUAGUCAGCAUGCCAAUUGCACGCUCCUUCAACUUGAGAUAUCUGUGGCAUUGUGUUGUGUAACAAAACUGCACAUUUUAGUUGCCUUUUAUUGUCCCCAGCACAAAGUACACCUGUGUAAUGAUCAUGCUAUUUAAUCAGAUUCUUGAUAGGCCACACCUGUCAGGUGGAUGGAUUAUUCUGGCAAAGGAGAAAUGCUCACUAACAGGGAUGUAAACAAAUUUGUGCACAAAAUUUGAGAGAAAUACGCUUUAUGUGCGUAAGGAAAAUGUUUGAUAUUUUAUUACAGCUCAUGAAACAUGGGACCAACACUUUACAUGUUGCAGUUAUAUUUUUGUUCAGUAUAGAUUUGAGUAACAGAAUGUGAAUAGAGAACUUGUUAAUGAGCAACGCAGUCAAUAUUAAGCAUCACAGUUUAUGCCCUCUCUCCCCUCCCCCAGGCAUCUGUAUGCUUUUGACACAGCUGGAUGCCCAGGCUAUGGACUCGCUGUUCCUGGGGCCAGACAAACAGGCCAACAUACUGCACUGUAUCCUUAACGCCAUGGACCGUGGCAUGGAGGGUAAAGGAAUAGAUACUUUAUAUCUUCUGCCUGUCUCAAUGUUUUUCUAUUUCCAUCGUGCCAACUGAACAUGAAGCUGGUCAGUAGAGCUAAUUUGCUGUCUACAGCUUCCUCUUUGAGAAUAAAACAUUAAAAUGUUUAAAAUUAAACCUUUUAUUUAACCAGGAAAAUACCCUUGUUGUUAGAAACCUCCUUUUGCAAGGGGGACCUGGCAAGAGGUCAGCAGGAAGAAGUCUGCGUGUACAUACAAUUCAUUCAAAAUAAUUGCAAUGGUCAAUGACAUUUUCUUCUAUCAGAGCUUUAAAGACACAGUGAUACCCUCUACAGUUUUUUGGUCUUUUGUAGUUUGUUCCAAGACCAAAGAGUGUUAUAGUAUUUUUUCCCCCCCACAUUUCAGUUCUUGCCCUAGGAACUGUGAAGGAGAGCACUGACUGCGAGCAUAGGCUGUGGGAUUGUGAUUUUUAGUUGGGAGCAAAGAUAUGUAGGGAGUAGCCCAAGCACUGCCUUGUACCAGUGUUUAAGCCUUCUGGAAGGGAGGGCCACUUCACCAUGUUGUGUAUUUCACAGUAAUGAGUGAGUGGUCUUGCAUUAGUGAUGAACCUAAGCAGUCCUUGAUACACUGCAUCCAGCACCUUAAGUGUACUGGUGGAGGCUCGCAUGUAAAUGAUGUCACCAUAGUCCAACACAGAUAAAAAUGUACCUUCUACAAGAGCCUUCCUAACUGACGUAGCUAAUAAUGUGUAAACAUUUAUUUCCCCAGAUGAAGAACCAUCCAAGGAGAUGGAUCCCUUUUGGCCAGUCUUGCAGUGUUUUAUGGUGAUCUUGGAUUGUUUGGGCUCUAGGAUUUGGGGUCCGAUUGAGCCAACCCAAGCCUUCCAGGCCAUCACAGGAAGACCAAGCUACUCUGCAGAGCUCGAGAGCAUCAAACAACAAACCAUGAUGUACGUUUCACUAUUUAUCUAGCCUUGAAUUCUUUCAUAUUGUUAUUUCUUAGAAGUUAAGCAUAUGGUUGAUACUAUUCUUCUUUUGCUCUGAAGAUCAAGGGUUAAAACGGAAACUACAUGUGAUGAUGACAUGGUGACCUGCAGUCAGAUGGUUUAUGACAGUAACACCAAAGUGAGCAAGGUAUAUUAUUAGUUGUACUCAAUUCCUCUAAUAUGUAGAUCUGUGGUUAGCGUUCAAAUGUGUUUUAAGUCAGCACUUGAAGCUUUCCCAAAACAUGACCUUUUUAGAGUAAAAAACACAAUGCAGAACAACAAACUGCUUAACAAGCUCUUCUCAUACUCAAGCUAUUCUCCCUGAUCUUUCUUACAGAAGGAUUCCAAGCUUGUUUCAUGUGCUACCAGUCAAGAGCGUCCACGAGUCAGGGACAGUGUUGAGGUUAUUUAUUGCAAACAGUCUUAAUAGGAAUAAAACAUUAUUAACCCAACCUCAGACUGAAACAGUAAAAAAUGUAGGGUACAUCUGUGGUGGCCUUUAGUUUGGAGGUACACAUGGUUUUAUUAAAUGUCAUAUUACAAAAUAUUACUAAUGUAGUACUCCUGAGUGGCGCAGUGGUCUAAGGCGCUGCAUCGCAGUGCUAACUGUGCCACUAGAGAUCCUGGUUCGAAUCCAGGCUCUGUCGUAGCCGGCCGCGACCGGGAGACUCAUGGGCGGCGGACAAUUGGCCCAGCGUCAUCCAGGGUAGGGGAGGGAAUGGCCGGCAGGGAUGUAGCUCAGUUGAUAGAGCAUGGCGUUUGCAACGCCAGGGUUGUGGGUUCGAUUCCCACGGGGGGCCAGUAUAAAAAAAUAUAUGUAUUCACUAACUGUAAGUCGCUCUGGAUAAGAGCGUCUGCUAAAUGACUAAAAUGUAAAUGUAAAAUACAUUGAGUUGGUAGAAGGUAUGUUAACUUCCUAUGCAUUUCUCUAAUCUUAUGUAAUACCAUGUUAUGUAUUACUAUUUAUUUUAUUUUGUAGGAAAAGGGUAGCAGACGCUCACAUGGUGCAGAUAGCAGUGUGGUCUAUGAGGAAAUGAGUUCUCUGGUCAACCUCCUGCAUUCAGAAAUGGGCCAGGCAUUGCGUGUGCACGACAGCACAUUUCUCUGGUUCAUCCCCUUUGUGAAGUCUGUUAUGGACCUCGAUGAACGCAGUGUCAUAUACAUUAAUGAGGUUGUCCACUACCUGUGUGGGGAGAUCAGCACAGACCUCCUGAAGCGCCAGGUUCGCAUAUGUGACAAGGUCACGGAGUUCUUCACCCUUAUUCUCGUCCAUAUCAUCGAUUUGCACCUGGGGAGUGGCCGCAUGAAUAUGCUCUAUUACUGCGCUCCCAAGUGGGUGGGCGUGUUGGUGAAAUGUGCAACCCUGCCUGGUGAUGCUUUUGUCCACACCUCGGAAGGUUCAGUGUCUCACUCUGUGUCUUCCACAUCCUCUUUGAGGGUCAGUGCACCCCGAAAGGCCUCUACUAGCAGGGCUGUUCCACAGUCAUGCACGCAUAUCAUCCGGUCCCUGCUGAAGGAAGGGAGCAGGCUGAACCCCAACAGUAAGUGCAAGCACUUCCUGAACCGACUGAACAAGCACCUCAGAGAAGGGCCCCAGAGGGAGUGGAAGCUGAUUAGGCUGGAGAUUCAGGGGCUUCAGAUCUGUCUGAAGGACUAUGUCAAGACGAUGAUGAACAGGCCAACCACAAGUACUCCUCCACCCGAACAGCUGAACAUUGAUGCAGGGCCUGUGGCACCAACCACACCACCACUUCAAUCAAGCAAUGACACCUCGGGAUCUAGCGGCUUAGCUGAAUAUAACCAUCCUAUAAAACAGGAAGGGUUGUGGGAUUAUGUCGAUGGCAGUACAUCUGGUGGUAGGGAUUCUAAUGCAGUUCAGAGGGGCAGGGACAUAGACCUAGCGUUGCUGAAAAAGGAGCCCCUAACCCCUGAGGAGGAGUUUGUAGAGCCGACUAAUGAUUCAAGACCAACCCAAGAGAAGUUCUCUUCCUUGAGGGCACAUCCAGAGAAAAUACAGGUGAUCAAAUCCAGACUUGGCCAGUUUAUGACCAAGAAGUCCAACUCUGAGAUAGAUGAGACCUCUGUAGGGCUCAGUGAAUUCGGUAAAGAGAAACCUCAAAAUCUGUUCACCAGCUGUAGAGAUGAGGCAUCCAACUACCAAGGCAUUAGCAGAGACCCUCCAUGCCCCCAAGAAUCUGUUGACAAUGAGCAGGUGGACAAUGUGCCCCUCUCUGUUUUAAAAAGUAAUCUUAAAGGAAGAGUAGGCUCCAAAUCUUCACAAGAUCGGAGUAAAGGAUACACUAGACAAUUUGACCGACAACGAUCACCACCAAAGCCUCCUUCAGACGUCAUUGUUAUAUCUGAUGACGAGGCUACAUUAGAUGUUGGUAGAGCAAGAGGAACUCAGUCUUUUUCUGAAACGUCACAAAUUAAAAAUGAACCGGAUACCUCCGACCAGAAUCACAGUACCUGGCGUGAUUACGACGGAAACAUGAGUGAAUCUCAGGUGUUUGAGUUUGAAACACAGGAAUAUAUGGCGUCUGCCUGGUCCAACAGAGAUUCAGAAAGUAACAUGCCACCCGAAAAGUCCAAAGAAGAUAGCCCUGUCAGACAUCUUUUGAGUCCAACUUUAAGAGAGCCUUUAUCAACCUGGGAAUGUGAUACACAACCUAUCUAUGACGAGGAUAUUGAAAGAGCCUGUAAGCAGGUUGAGAAGGAGCUUGAGAAGCCUAAGACCCCACCACAAGGGCUCAAAAGGGCCAUCGUUGUCAAAAAAAGAAAUCUUCUUGUUGAUCCAAAACCAUUGGCCUCCAAGUGCCUGAGCAAGAAACCUACCGUGGUAGAAAAACUAAUCAAAGAGCCUGUGAAGGAUGCUCCCCAUGCAGUCACACCGCCAUUGAGAAAAAGCAGUUCAACAGUACGUUCAAACAGACUAGAAACCGAGACACCUUCCUUAACCACAUCAGCCAUCUCACACAAAACGUCAUUAACUCCAGCCAUUGUCCCUCCUAAAAAAGUCAGAAAAGCCGCAGAGCCUGUGUCCAUAGCAGAGAAGCUUGGCCUUAAGAAGAAGGAGCGAAAGGCCUUUAAUCUCUCCCAGCAAUCGCAUGACACUGUUGAUGAGCUGAGGCGCCACGGCGCUACAGUCAAUGUCCUACAGGCCAAGCAGCCUACCCGACACACCAAGAGGUCAAAGGUGACCUCCCCUCAGAAGGGAGUGGUCAAUGCGAGUAACAAGAAGCUGCUAGCCGCACCGUUCUUCAGGCAGAGCAAGCAGGCUUCGGGAGCAGGUACCUCUGCAAAGGCAGAGCCAAUGAAGAGAAAUCCUAAAAAGAUUGACGAGAAUCAAAGACCCAGUUUUGUUACAGAGGAGGACGAUGAAGACGAGGACCUGCAGUGUUCCCAGCUAGAUCCUGCCCGCCAUGAGGAACAGCUGACGUUCAAUCGCAGCUCUCAAAGAGCCAAUGAGAACAAACCAGCAUCAUCCAAUACAGUGAGUAGUGUGUCGUCCAACAUGGACAGGCAGAUAUCUCCAUACUUUCAGAGGAAUGAUGUCAUACCUGGACCUUCUGGUCAAGUUCCCAAAAGCAAUGAGGAAGGUGACGGUUAUGAUGCAGACUGUAUGUACCUCACCCAAAUGGAGCCAACUGACAUGGAGAUGUGCUCGCAGAUGGAGGAAGAAGAAGAAUUCUUCUACACGCAGCGGGACCCUGUAGACAUGGACAUUGACUCGGACAGCCAGAUGCCCUUUGAGGAAAAAGGAGGGUCUUCAGACUGGACACUGCCUAAUCAGGCAGACGAAGGGCAAGAGGCUCCACUUGUCCCACAGACCUUUAAGAAACCGGCUACUCCGCCACCCUCGCGCUCUAGCUUGGCUCAGGACGAUGAUCGCUUGUUCCUGAAACCAGGAAUGUCCCCUAUGUCGGUUAAAAAGGCCAAGCCGUCCACCACCAAGAUCUAUGCAACCUCAAGCUCCAGGAGUGCCUCCUUGGUGCAAGAAAUGGAGAGGACUGCCAAUGCUCAUUUUUUGGCUUCUUCUGCCCCUGCUGGAAGAGGUAGGCCUGCCCGGCCAGUUGUGCCUGGCCGGCCAGUCGUGCCUGCACGAAGUCCCUGUGUACUAAAACCACCUCCUCAUCCAGAUGUCGGUCAGUCUCUCCAACUGAAUCGACUCUUAUACAGACCCAUCACACCACAACUACCACCUAAACCCAUUCCACCAAAACAACCACCACCCAGAUCUGAACAAAACCUCCCCCGUCCACCUGGCCAGCCCCUCCGCCCUAUCCAGCACAGCAACAUAGGUUCCACCCCCCAGCCCUCCACUUCCAAGACCUACCCCAGGCCUGACGCCCCUUUCCAAAGGCAGAUACCCAACCCGGAGGUUGUCAUCAGAUUUGACCCCAACUACCUGAUUCAACACAUCCUGAAAUGGACAUUUGAUAUGUUCAGCAACUACAAGCAGUUUGGUUUACCCUCUGAGGUAUGUGAGUUACCGCUGGAAACAGUAGGCUUCAGCUUCAGCUCUUAUGAUGAAUACUACAAGACUUUUUACCCCCUGCUUCUCACCAACACUUUUGAGGAGGUGAGUAGUCAAUUUGUUACCAAAUAAUUGUAACUCAUUUAGGUGUGAAUUCUGUUCUGCUAUGGUGCAUUUAGGCUCUAGGCAACUGAAAAGGAUGGUCAAUCUAGCAUUACAAAGAGCAUUGACAUUUUGGCUAACGUUAGAGUUGUGAGUAAUGAGUCACAAAGCAGUUUAAUGGCCGUCUCUUGGAGUCGAUCUCUUCUAUUAAAGUCAAAUUCCCUUCUCUCAUCAAAGCUUGCAGGUGAAUGGCUAAAGAACAAGGAAUCAGGAAAGGUUGUCACUCAGAAUUUAAAAGUUGUCGCAAAUGAGUACAGCCACAGUGUUUGGAAUGUCAGUUUUACAGGUAAGCUUACUGAAGGAACCCAUUUUUUUUAUAUUGCUUACUCUAACCAUUUAAAAACAACAAUGCGUGAAGCUUGCACUAGAAUCUACAUACUGUAAACAUUGAUACAAUUUAUGUUUUUGUAUCAGAUUUCUAUUUAAUUGUGAUGUUGUUCCAAUGCUGAUCCACGUAACAGAAUUAUUUUUGUCAGCGAGCAUUACUGCCAGUGAUGUCUCCCGUCAGAUGUACCCUAGGGAGGAUGACCUGGUCAUUCUGUGGCUGCCCCAGAAUACAGGUGCUUACUCACGGCAUGAGCAGGGCUUCUUGGAUCCCCAAGAAUAUUUAGGCUAUGUACAGAGAUCCAAUAUCUGCAACGGAGGUGUGGGUGAGUACAUUUGUGUGUAGGAGGCCAGGAAGUGAUGGGCUUACAUUAAGAGGGAAGGGGAUUGUAUUGCUAUGGAAAGACAAGUUGAAUAUAAAUAUCCUCAACAUACAGUACCAGUCAAAAGUUUUGGCACACCUACUCAUUCAAGGGUUUUUCUUUAUUUUUACUAUUGUCUACAUUGUAGAAUAAUAGUGAAGACAAAAACUAUGAAAUAGCACAUAUGGAAUCAUGUAGUAACCAAAAAAUAUAUUUUGAUUUCUUUAACAUUUUAAAUGAGAUUCUUCAAAGUAGCCACCCUUUGCCUUGACAACUUUGCACACUCUUGGCAUUCUCUCAACCAGCUUAAUGAGGUAGUCACAUGGAAUGCAUUUCAAUUAACAGGUGUGCUUUGUUAAUUUGUGGAAUUACUUUCCUUCUUAAUGCGUUUGAGCCAAUCAGUUGUGUUGUGACAUGGUAGGGGUGGUAUACAGAAGAUAGCCCUAUUUGGUAAGAGACCAAGUCCAUAUUAUGGGAAGAACAGCUCAAAUAAGCAAAGAGAAACAACAGUCCAUCAUUACUUAAGACAAAUACAGAACAUUUCAAGAACUUUGAAAGUUUCUUCAAGUGCGGUCGCAAAAACCAUCAAGCGCUAUGAUGAAACUGGCUCCCAUGAGGACCGCCACAGGAAUGGAAGAUCCAGAGUUACCUCUGCUGCAGAGGAUAAGUUCAUUAGAGUUACCAGCCUCAGAAAUUGUAGCCCAAAUAAAUGCUUCACAGAGUUCAAGUAACAGUCACAUCUCAACAUCAACUGUUCAGAGGAGACUGCGUGAAUCAGGCCUUCAUGGUCGAAUUACUGCAAAGAAACCACUACUAAAGGACACCUAUAAGAAGAAGAUACUUGCUUGGGCCAAGAAACACGAGCAAUGGACAUUAGACCGGUGGGAAGUGUCCUUUGGUCUGGAGUCCAAAUUGGAGAUUUUUGGUUCCAACCGCCGUGAAUUAAAAAAAACUGUGUGGGUGAACGGAUGAUCUCUGCAUGUGUAUUUCCCACCGUAAAACAUGGAGGAUGAGGUGUGGGGGUGCUUUACUGGUGACACUGUCUGUGAUUUAUUUAGAAUUCAAGGCACACUUAACGAGCAUGGCUACCACAGUAUUCUGCAGCGAUACGUCAUCCAAUCUGUUUUGGACUUAGUGGGACUAUCAUUUGUUUUUCAACAGGACAGUGACCCAACACACCUCCAGGCUGUGUAAGGGCUAUUUGACCAAGAAGGAGAGCUGUAUCAGAUGACCUGGCCUUCAAAAUACCCCGAUCUCUACCCAAUUUACAUUUACAUUACAUUUUAGUCAUUUAGCAGACGCUCUUAUCCAGAGCGACUUACAGGAGCAAUUAGGGUUAAGUGCCUUGCUCAAGGGCACAUCGACAGAUUUUUCACCUAGUCGGCUCGGGGAUUAGAACCAGCGACCUUUCGGUUACUGGCACAACACUCUUACCCACUAAGCUACCUGCCGCCCCCAAUUUGAGAUGGUUUGGGAUGAGUCGGAGUGCAGAGUGAAGGAAAAGCAGCCAACAAGUGCUCAGCAUAUGUGGGAACUCCUUCAAGACUUUUGGAAAAGUAUUCCAGUUGAAGCUUGUUGAGAGAAUGCCAAGAGUGUGCAAAGCUGUCAAGGCAAAGGGUGGCUAUUUUGAAGAAUCUCAAAUAUAAAAUAUAUUUUGAUUUGUUUAACACUUUUUUUGGUUACUACAUGAUUCCAUAUGUUAUCAUUGUUUUGAUGUCUACACUAUUAUUCUACAAUGUAGAAAAUAGUAAAAAUAAAGAACCCUUGAAUGAGUAGGUGUGUCCAAACUUUUGACUGGUACUGUGUGUGUGUGUGUGUGUGUGUAAUGAGAGCCAUUUUUCCAUUCACUAUAAUGGGGAUCCUGUUUUUUGCUGUCAAUUCCUACAAGUGCAGUGGUCAACCUUGAACUUCCGUAGCUUCAAUUAGAGGGGCCAGUCAUUUUACCCGUAGGGGUAUUCUACAAAGGAGAAUCAAUGUUAGAUUGCUAACUUUGAUAAGCACCCACCAAUAACUUGAUUUGAUGGUUCAUUUAAAAAAGCUAACAUGUAUUUUUCGUUUGUUAAAUCAGUUAGCCCAUUCCCAUUUCAAGCUUAUCUUUCUAUAAAAUAUAAAGUCAUAUCAGAAUAUUUAGUCAACUAAGCUGGCUAACUCAUUUUAUCCUGCUUUAUAGUAUACCCCUGUGGACCAUUUUGAAGGUCGUUUUGCAAGCCAUUGCUAAGUAGCGUUAACUCUGGGAGACUUCCAGUCAUUGCGCAAACUUCCUUCAAACUGCGCACAGAGACAUAAAAAUGGUAUCCAUGACUGUAUCUGACUGGGCAAGUAGAAAAAGGGCUUAAUUGCCACAAUCGCACACUAUCCCUUUAAAGAGGAUAGCUGAUAGGAAAAACAUGACGUAACUUCAGAGUUACCUCUGUCCAUGCAUCCUCAUCAUACAGUGAGGGGAAAAAAGUAUUUGAUCCCCUGCUGAUUUUGUACGUUUGCCCACUGACAAAGACAUGAUCAGUCUAUAAUUUUAAUGGUAGGUUUAUUUGAACAGUGAUAGACAGAAUAACAACAAAAAUCAAGAAAAACACAUGUCAAAAAUGUUUAUAAAUUGAUUUGCAUUUGAAUGAGGGAAAUAAAUAUUUGACCCCUCUGCAAAACAUGACUUAGUACUUGGUGGCAAAACCCUUGUUGGCAAUCACAGAGGUCAGACGUUUCUUGUAGUUGGCCACCAGCAGGUUUACACACAUCUCAGGAGGGAUUUUGUCCCACUCCUCUUUGCAGAUCUUCUCCAAGUCAUUAAGGUUUUGAGGCUGACGUUUGGCAACUCGAACCUUCAGCUCCCUCCACAGAUUUUCUAUGGGAUUAAGGUCUGGAGACUGGCUAGGCCACUCCAGGACCUUAAUGUGCUUCUUCUUGAGCCACUCCUUUGUUGCCUUGGCCAUGUGUUUUGGGUCAUUGUCAUGCUGGAAUACCCAUCCAUGACCCAUUUUCAAUGCCCUGGCUGAGGGAAGGAGGUUCUCACCUAAGAUUUGACGGUACAUGGCCCCGUCCAUCGUCCCUUUGAUGCGGUGAAGUUGUCCUGUCCCCUUAGCAGAAAAACACCCCCAAAGCAUAAUGUUUCCACCUCCAUGUUUGACGGUGAGGAUGUUGUUCUUGGGGUCAUAGGCAGCAUUCUUCCUCCUCCGAACACGGCGAGUUGAGUUGAUGGCAAAGAGCUCGAUUUUGGUCUCAUCUGACCCCAACACUUUCACCCAGUUCUCCUCUGAAUUAUUCAGAUGUUCAUUGGCAAACUUCAGACGGCCCUGUAUAUGUGCUUUCUUGAGCAAGGGGACCUUGUGGGCGCUGCAGGAUUUCAGUCCUUCAUGGCAUAGUGUGUUACCAAUUGUUUUCUUGGUGACUAUGGUCCCAGCUGCCUUGAGAUCAUUGACAAGAUCCUCCCGUGUAGUUCUGGGAUGAUUCCUCACCGUUCUCAUGAUCAUUACAACUCCACGAGGUGAGAUCUUGCAUGGAGCCCCAGGCCGAGGGAGAUUGGCAGUUUUUUUGUGUUUCUUCCUUUUGCGAAUUAUCGCACCAACUGUUGUCACCUUCUCACCAAGCUGCUUGGCGAUGGUCUUGUAGCCCAUUCCAGCCUUGUGUAGGUCUACAAUCUUGUCCCUGACAUCCUUGGAGAGCUCUUUGGUCUUGGCCAUGGUGGAGAGCUUGGAAUCUGAUUGAUUGCUUCUGUGGACAGGUGUCUUUUUUAUACAGGUAACAAGCUGAGAUUAGGAGCACUCCCUUUAAGAGUGUGCUCCUAAUCUCAGCUCGUUACCUGUAUAAAAGACACCUGGGAGCCAGAAAUCUUUCUGAUUGAGAUGGUGUCAAAUACUUAUUUCCCUCAUUAAAAUGCAAAUCAAUUUAUAACAUUUUUGACAUGCGUUUUUCUGGAUUUUUUUGUUAUUCUGUCUCACUGUUCAAAUAAACCUACCAUUUAAAAUUAUAAACUGAUCAUUUCUUUGUCAGUGAGCAAACGUACAAAAUCAGCAGGGGAUCAAAUACUUUUUUCCCUCACUGUAUAUAUGCAUUUAUAAACUGGGUGGUUCGAGCCCUGAAUGCUGAUUGGCUGACAGCCGUGGUAUAUCAGACCGUAUACCACAGGUAUGACGACCUUUUAUUUUUACUGCUCUAAUUACAUUGGUAACCAGUUUAUAAUAGCAAUAAGGCACCUUGUGGGUUUGUGAUAUAUGGCCAAUUCACCACGGCUAAGGGCUGUUCUUAUGCGCAACGCAAUGCGAACAGCCCUUAGCGGUGGUAUGUUGGCCAUAUACCACACCCCCUCGGGCCUUAUUGCUUAAUUAUCCAUUGUAUUAUUUUACUAUAUUGCAUUACUUGUAAUACAAAACGGUAUUGUUUUACUGUUAAGUGUGUUGAUUUCAUUUUAAAUGCACUUUAUCUAAAGCUUGGUGUGAUGUAUUUCUCUUCAGGCCAGUGCCCAACUCUGAACCUGAUGAUAAAGACCCUGGGGAAUGUGAUGUUGGCGAACAAGCAGGCAGUGCGCUGUGAUGUGGUGGGCUCCCUGGUCAGCACCAUGAGGGUUUUCAGGGCAAUCUGGCAGCUCAAUGGCAGCUCUAUGCUCAAGCCCAUCCUGGCCCCACAGGUCUCCUACUUCCAACCUGGCCCGGAGGUCAUCCCCAGCCUCAACCUGCCUGUAAGAAACGUCUGUUUCCCCCCCCCCCCCCCCCAUUUUAUAAUAUGCAUUUGAAAAGGGUUUAAAAGUGAAGUUAUUCCUUUGUGGAACUAUUGGAUAACAAAGGAUUUGUGACUUGACUUGUAAAUGUGACAUGGCCAAUUGUAAAUGUUUUGUUUAAUUUCAGGUGGCCCUUUUCAUGUGUGAAAAUGGCCUUGUAUACAUGUAAACAGUAUGUCUGUAUGAUGUGUUUGGCCCAGGGUUACAACCCAGACCAGGUGAGGGCGGUGAGAACCGGUAUGUCUGUUAUCAGGAACCAGCAACUCACCCCAAAAAUCUGCCUGAUACACGGACCCCCAGGAACGGGAAAGAGCAAAACCAUUGUGGGCCUGCUGCAAAAGCUGUUCUCUGAGGUACGCUGUUUGCCUUGUUUCUGGACAUUGUUUUGUCGUACAACCCUGGGCUAAGGUCAUUAGACACAAGGGGAGACAUUUUCAAAAACAAAAAUGAGUUUCUUUUGCUCUAGUGUUCUGUAGUGUGUAUUUUCUCAGCUCGCUCCAUUUUCUUUCCUAUUGAACAACCUUGGCUUAAAGGCAUUGUGAAAUUCAAACGUUCAUAUAAUUCCCUGUUCUCCUCUCAUAACCAUCUCCAGGGAGUACAGAGUAUGGCUCCUCCAGUGAACAGGCAAGCUAAACCUCGCCGCACGCGGGUCCUCCUGUGCGCCCCGUCCAACGCCGCCAUCGACAAUCUGAUGAAGAAGAUUAUCCUGGUCUUCAAAGAGAAGUGCAAGAACAUCCAGGGUAUGCUACCUCAACUAUGGAAAUACUCAAUGAAUUGGUGAACUGUGAAUAGAUGGAAAAAUUAAAUGGGUUAAAAGUUACAAGGCAAUUCAACCACAAAUGAUUGUUUCACGGAACUGAUAUGGUGAAGUUGACAUUGUCCUGGAUGGCUUUCUUAAAGGUAACUGUGGGGACAUCAAUCUGGUGAGGCUCGGGAACGACAGGACCAUCUCCAAGAAUCUGAAACCUUUUAGCCUGGACAGUCAGGUGAUAAACAAAACACGUGAGUCUGGAGAGUGUACGCGGGCACAAAAACGCACACACCUCCCUCCCUCAAAUCACCUCAUAAAAAGCACACUCAUGUGUUUUGUCAAUUUUCUCCUGCAGAAAAGGCCCUGAUGUCACAGGACUCAGACGUCCACAGACGCAUAGCGCAGCUGGAUGAGAACAUAGACAAGAUCUCCAAGAUGUUGCCCAAACUGCAGAAGAAUGAGGAAAUGGUACAUACAGUGGGGAGAACAAGUAUUUGAUACACUGCCGAUUUUGCAGGUUUUCCUACUUACAAAGCAUGUAGAGGUCUGUAAUUUUUUAUCAUAGGUACACUUCAACUGUGAGAGACGGAAUCUAAAACAAAAAUCCAGAAAAUCACAUUGUAUGAUUUUUAAGUAAUUAAUUUGCAUUUUAUUGCAUGACAUAAGUAUUUGAUACAUCAGAAAAGCAGAACUUAAUAUUUGGUACAGAAACCUUUGUUUGCAAUUACAGAGAUCAUACAUUUCCUGUAGGUCUUGACCAGGUUUGCACACACUGCAGCAGGGAUUUUGGCCCACUCCUCCAUACAGACCUUCUCCAGAUCCUUCAGGUUUCGGGGCUGUCACUGGGCAAUACGGACUUUCAGCUCCCUCCAAAGAUGUUCUAUUGGGUUCAGGUCUGGAGACUGGCUAGGCCACUCCAGGACCUUGAGAUGCUUCUUACGGAGCCACUCCUUAGUUGCCCUGGCUGUGUGUUUCGGGUCGUUGUCAUGCUGGAAGACCCAGCCAUGACCCAUCUUCAAUGUUCUUACUGAGGGAAGGAGGUUGUUGGCCAAGAUCUUGUGAUACAUGGCCCCAUCCAUCCUCCCCUCAAUACGGUGCAGUCAUCCUGUCCCCUUUGCAGAAAAGCAUCCCCAAAGAAUGAUGUUUCCACCUCCAUGCUUCACGGUUGGGAUGGUGCUCUUGGGGUUGUACUCAUCCUUCUUCUUCUUCCUCCAAACACGGCGAGUGGAGUUUAGACCAAAAAGCUAUAUUUUUGUCUUAUCAGACCACAUGACCUUCUCCCAUUCCUCCUCUGGAUCAUCCAGAUGGUCAUUGGCAAACUUCAGACGGGCCUGGACAUGCGCUGGCUUGAGCAGGGGGCCUUGCGUGAGCUGCAGGAUUUUAAUCCAUGACGGCGUAGUGUGUUACUAAUGGUUUUCUUUGAGACUGUGGUCCCAGCUCUCUUCAGGUCAUUGACCAGGUCCUGCCGUGUAGUUCUGGGCUGAUCCCCCACCUUCCUCAUGAUCAUUGAUGCCCCACGAGGUGAGAUCUUGCAUGGAGCCCCAGACCGAGGGUGAUUGACCGUCAUCUUGAACUUCUUCCAUUUUCUAAUAAUUGCGCCAACAGUUGUUGCCUUCUCACCAAGCUGCUUGCCUAUUGUCCUGUAGCCCAUCCCAGUCUUGUGCAGGUCUACAAUUUUAUCCCUGAUGUCCUUACACAGCUCUCUGGUCUUGGCCAUUGUGGAGAGGUUGGAGUCUGUUUGAUUGAGUGUGUGGACAUGUGUCUUUUAUACAGGUAACGAGUUCAAACAGGUGCAGUUAAUACAGGUAAUGAGUGGAGAACAGGAGGGCUUCUUAAAGAAAAACUAACAGGUCUGUGAGAGCCGGAAUUCUUACUGGUUGGUAGGUGAUCAAAUACUUAUGUCAUGCAAUAAAAUGCAAAUUAAUUACUUAAAAAUCAUACAAUGUGAUUUUCUGGAUUUUUGUUUUAAAUUCCGUUUCUCACAGUUGAAGUGUACCUAUGAUAAAAAUUACAGACCUCUACAUGCUUUGUAAGUAGGAAAACCUGCAAAAUCGGCAGUGUAUCAAAUACUUGUUCUCCCCACUGUACAUGCUUCCCCCAGCAGAGGCUGCCAGAAGGCUGGUCACACACCUACAGUUACCCAAACUACCCAAAGCUAAUUUCAUACACUGUGGGCUCUUACUUUAAUUAUGGGCUUCUGUUCAGACAUGCGGUUACAGUCGGCAUGGGUUCGAAUCCUGCCCUUUGACUCACCCUCUUUCAAUCUCCCUCGUCUUUCCAACACUUAACUAUCUCUUCAAUAAAGCUUAGAAAUUGCUAAAGUAGUGGGAUUGCCCCACUCCUUAAAGAAAUACCUUUAAAAAGAUGGGAUAGCAUGCCGACGUGUUUUUAAUUUUUCAGAGUUGUUUUUCAUGUUUAGUCUUUUCCUUCAUUUGCUGGUGUGUAGUACCAUGAGCUGGCAGAGCAGAAGUCCAGACUGCUCCAAGAGAGAAAGACACUCGGCUACCAGCUCAAACAGGUAAAGCCCUCUAUCACAUGACCAUUAUAUACAUAGAUGAUGUUAGCAACGUUGUCAUGUGUAUAAGGGCUCAUUAGAUGAGAGGAGAGUUAUUAUUAUUCAGGAUGGAUUAGAGAAAAGAGAGAGGAAAAAAAACAGCUUUGAGGGGAAAGAAGUCUAAUUAGAAAUGCUUCUUUCUCUCAUUACUCGCUUGCUUUCUCUUCUCUUUCUGUCAAACUCAUUCUCUACACUUUUCUCUCUUCCUCCCACUAUCAGUCUCGCAGUAGGAAGCAGGAGACCCAGGCCCGGGUACUGCAGGAUGCCCAUGUGGUCUGCUGCACCCUGAGCUCCAGCGGCAGCACCGUCCUGGAGUCGGCCUUUCGGCGCCUGGGACACAAGCCCUUUAGCUGCGUCAUCGUGGACGAGGUCAGAAUUUGGAGCGCCUAUACUUUGGCUGCAUUUCAAUAGUUGUUCCAUCUACCAAAGUGGUCCUGGAGAUGCACGGUGUGCAAGCUUUUGUUCCUGCCCUGUGCUGUAACACACCUGAUUCACCAAAGUGAUUGCUUGGUUGAAUAAGAUGUGUUGGUACUGGGUUGGAAUAGCUAAAGCGUUGUGGAACCCAGGAUCAAGAUUGAUAAACCUUGUUUUGCACAUUUUGAUUGUACUCUCUUGGGGGAUUUUCACACUUGGUCCCUAUCAGACAAUUUUUGUGAAAUCAGUGUGGUGCGCUUACAUUUUUAUGCAGGAACUAAGACCCCUCAAAAGAUCCCCCGAACUGAAGAGGUGGUUUGAGUUCGGUUCGCUUGAAGUCUGUGGUCCUGUUCCCUUUUUUGGUGCAAUGUGAACACAAAGCUCUCCAGGUUCACUUGUCAUUAUUCCCACACCACACUAGGCUACUGCAACAUCCAUAACCUGCCAUAACAACUUACAUUGGUGCCACAAAUGAGAGAAGAUGAUGUGCAGGUUUGCAGAAAAAAAACGUGUGCCGUUGUUGGACAUUGAUUAGUGAUUGUCAAGGAAUCACAGAGAUGCCAAAAUAUGUGUGGAGGCUACAAAAGAGCUUCAUAGGCGAUUUAUGGGGUUUGAAUAAUGUGAGAAGACUACAACAUAUUUGGUGAGAAUCACAACAUGAUGUACAAAAUCAAUGCGAGCUCUUAAAGGGGCAGUAGCCUACGUUGGUAGUACAAUUUUCAAUUUCAGCAUUAUUUAAUCUGUAGUUAUGCUUCUGCUAUUUAUCCUCUUACCUAUAAUAUUUACAUGUAAAUAUUAUCUUGAUUAUAAUUGUUUUAUCUUUUAACUAAAUGCAAUCUAUUAGCUUCCAAAAUGUAAGUAGGUAUAUCCCUGGCUGUUCAAUAACAGGUUCUGAUGGAAUGGCUGAUAUAGUAUAAUUACCAAGAGUGCAUUGAGUAAAUGUUGGAAAAAGGUCUUGGUUCCUUUCUAAGCAUAGCAAUGUGAAUGCAAAGAGGAUUUGGUCCACAAAAUAGUUGAAGUGAACUGGCAGAGUUCUCAUUUAAAGGCAAGGGCAGUGUGAAUUCAAAGGUAACGGAGUUCUUUUGGGGGUUUUUUCACCCCUGAGUUCACUUUAAAGAGGACUGAGAUUGGUUAUUUUAAAGAGGACUAUACAGGGCUCUACAAUGUGACCAUUUUACGCUGAUAUGUGCCUAAAAAUAAAUGUGCGAACUGAAAAAGUAAAGUAUGUGCGAGUUGUGAUUUAUAGCACCAAAUAAAUUGCUGCUGUAGCUAUUUUCAAAGUAUUUCUGCCGUUUUUGUUUCAUAGUUGGUAGCUAAUCGCACAAAGAACUAUGAAUUCCCAUAUAGCUAUCCCCACAAGCGCAGCAACAGUGCCUGUUGGUGGGCUAUGCACACUGGGAGUGAAGUGCUGUAAGAUUCAUUUUUUAGACGCGCGCAGGCAUAGAAGUUGGUAGAAUUUACCGCAAAGUCUGCUAAAGUGUUAGUUUGAGCUUGCUCAACUGCUAGUGAAGAGACACGUCGGAUAAUCUCAUCUCUCUGACAGACAUGCAGUCGUACUGUUACCACGGUAAUGUCCCGCCCCUUGAAGGGUUAGCUGAAAAUGUCUCACCUAAGAGACUCAAAUAUUUGAGGGUACAUUGUCCUUGAUUGAGCAUGGAACACUCCAAAAACCUUUUUAUUCAUGAACGUUUAGUCAUUUUCUUAUCUUUAAAACACUCUUGUGCUCCUAAAUGUUUCAAUUUAGUAGCAUGUGCUACUUGUAAAAAAAUAAAAUGUCAGCAUAAAGCCCUGCUAUAUCUGAAAACACCCUCACACUGUCUCAGUAUGAAUGUGAGGAACAAAGAGCCUUUAUUUAUUUCAAGACAUUUCUUUGUGUGGUGCAGGCAGGGCAGGCCACCGAGACGGAGACUCUUAUCCCAAUGCUCUACCAGUGCAAUGCCCUCAUCCUGGUGGGAGACCCCCAUCAGCUGCCACCUACGGUUAUCUCCCAGGUACUGCAGCUCUCACUUUCACUACCUGAAAAUACACCUGCAAGAGAUUCUUACUCAUGUGAAUCUUUCUUUCAACACUUCUCAGUUCAAUGAUUCUGACUGACGGUGAAACAUUAACUGUGUAUUUUCAUUGUGUUCCCCUGGCUGUUUGUUUAUAUAUUAAAAUGUUUAGUGUUAGGUAGAUUAAGUGUUCCAUUUAAUGCUAUGAUCUAUCUUCUGUCAGACAGCGAAGGAGUUGAAGUAUGGCCAGUCCCUGAUGGCUCGGCUGGUGACCAACCUGGAUCAGUACUGUAAGGAGAACAAGAUGCCCAGCCCUGUGGUCUUCCUUAGCUACCAGUACCGCAUGCACCCCGACAUCUGCGAGUUCCCCUCCAAGCACAUCUACCGCAAGGCCCUUAAAACUGACAAGUAGGUUCCUCUUGCCGCCCACUCCUUUUCAACAUACUGACUUGAUUCAGUAGGAAUGAAUGGUGUUGUUUUCAUGUUCCUAAAGCUGGAGAGAUUUUGAACAAAUAUUUAAUUACCACGUAGUGCACCUGUCAUUGAACACAAUUUAUGUUUGAGUGUAUUGGUGUACACAGUGCCGCAUUUAUUAAAGGCGUCUGUUCCUAUUUCUGAAGUAAAUAAAUUGUUUAAAUGUAAAUUAUAUGUUAAUAGAAGGGUCCAGACACUUCUUGUGGUCCUCUGUAGCUCAAUUGGUAGAGUAUGGCGCUUGUAACACCAUGGUAGUGGGUUCGAUCCCAGGGACCACCCAUACGUAAAAAUGUAUGCACACGACUGUGUCGCUUUGGAUAAAAGCGUCUGCUAAAUGGCUUAUUAUUAUUUAUUAUUAUUAUUAUUAUUAUUAUAAUCUUUUUUUGUGUGAGCGAUCUGGUGUGUUUUUGAGAAACUUACCCCAGCCGCGAUUCACUUACUCAUUGUGCAGUAUCAGGGCACGCAAAAUACAUUUUUGAAACGGACACGCUCUCAGUAUAGUGAUGUAGGCCUUCAUGUACACAUGAAAUUGUCUUUCCGAACUUUAUCCGCAAUGUUAUAUUCCACUUCUACCAGCUGUGCUGCACGGGCUUUGUCAGUGUACUAUAGGGACAGCCUCGGCCUACACAGCUGUGUGGGGAAACAGCCAAAAUUGAUUAUAACCAAUGUUCCCUCUAUAAAAAAUAAAAAAAAGCGCUGAGCAAAUUUCAGCGUGUGUUUACUGUGAACACUGAGGCUGUACCCGCUUUGUUAGUUUUAACAGUGGCCAAGUAGGCUACUGUGGCUAUUUGAUUAUAAUGUAGGCCUAUCAGUGUGGCCUACCAUAAACAAUGGAGAAAAUGCAUCCCAUAACAUUUUAAUAUGGAAAUAGCUGUUCUAUCAUUCAGCCUACUGUAGCAGCCAAUGUGUGGUGUUCAAUGUAGGCCUACAUUCCAUGAGACUUUUGAAAAUAACAUGCAGGACUUGACAUUAACCUGUUCAUCCACUUGUCCUUCAGACAAGGUGACUGAAAAUGGUGAUUGAUGCAAGAAACCACUUUACAAAAUAAAUGCAUUAUUAUUCCAAUACCAUUAUUACAGAGAAUCAGACAAAUUAUGCUACCCUCUUCCUAUUGGCUACUUAGCUUAUUCAAGCCGGUCUCAAAAUACAACACUGCCCUUUUAAGACAAAAAAAAGCUCUUUACCUGACUUGCUUUUAGAAAUGUACACAUUUUGUGCUCUUGUAGGAAGCAAUCACUCCCCUAUUGCUGCCUACAAAUGAUCUAUAACUUGGGUAAUAACUCACUAACUAGCAAAGGAUAUGAACAAAAUGUGCACACGUGGCUACAUGCAGCUCUUGCUUUGAUCUCAAAACAAGUGCAUCUACUCAAGACUGCUCAUGCUGUAAACAGAGUCCAGUUCAAAGUAAAUGGCACAGAUCCAUAUAUGGCAAUGGUCUACUUGCAUAUAGUCCUACUGCAGCUCUGAUUGGUUAUGCCGCUCUGGUCUGUGUAGAGUACCGGCAGAGUUGUCCGCAAUAGAAUCCUACUGUGUUCUGCCUACAACAUCUCUUGCAUUUUGUUUUGGUAUGUUGCAUUGAAAGUGGCUAAUAAUGCGUUGAUUCAAUCACAAUUGCCACAGUAAAGGGAAAAGGGGAUAACUCUAUGAAGUUCAAUCUCGUGCUUCUCUCCGAGGGCUGAUAUUUAUUCUGCGCGGCAGUCCUGGGGAGCUGCGUGGCAGUCUCGGGGCUACUGCGUGCCUGCACGCAGCUUAGAGGGAGCAUUGAUAACGUUGCGGAUUAAGUUCGGAAUGACACAGUUUCAUGUGUACAACAUCUAAAGACCUACAGUACCAGUCAAAAGUUUGGACACACCUACUCAUUCCAGGGUUUUUCUUUUCUUUUUACUGUUUUCUACAUUGUAUAAUAAUAGAACACUGAAACUAUGAACUAACACACAUGGAAUCAUGUAGUAACCAAAAAAGUGUUAAACAAAUCAAAAUAUUUUAUAUUUGAGAUUCUUCAAAGUAGCCACCCUUUGCCUUGAUGAACGCUUUGCACACUCUUGGCAUUCUCUCAACCAGCUUCAUAAGGUUGUCACCAGGAAUGCAUUUCAAUUAACAGGUGUGCCUUCUUAAAAGUUAAUUUGUGGAAUUUCUUUCAUUCUUAAUGCGUUUGAGCCAAUCAGUUGUUGUGACAAGGUAGGGGUUGUAUACAGAAGAUGGCCCUAUUUGGUAAAAUACCAAGUCCAUAUUAUGGGAAGAACAUCUCAAAUAAGCAAAGAGAAACGACAGCGUCAUUACUUUAAGACAUGAAGGUCAGUCAAGCCGGAAAAUUUCAAGAUCUUGUGCAGUCGCAAAAACCAUCAAGCGCUAUGAUGAAACUGGCUCUCAUGAGGACCGCCACAGGAAAGGAAGACCCAGAGUUACCUCUGCUGCAGAGGAUAAGUUCAUUAGAGUUACCAGCCUCAGAAAUUGCAACCCAAAUAAAUGCUUCACGGAGUUCAAGUAACAGACACAUCAACAAACUGUUCAGAGGAGACUGCGUGAAUCAGGCCUUCAUGGUCGAAUUGCUGCAAAGAAACCACUACUAAAGGACAACCAUAAGAAGAAGAGACUUGCUUGGGCCAAGAAACACGAGCAAUUGACAUUAGACCGGUGGAAAUGUGUCCUUUGGUCUGGAGUCCAAAUGUGAGAUUUUUGGUUCCAACCACCGUGUCUUUUUGAGACGCAGAGUAGGUGAACGGAUCUCUGCAUGUGUGGUUCCCACCGUGAAGCAUGGAGGAGGAGGUGUGGGGGUGCUUUGCUGGUGACACUGUCUGUGAUUUAUUUAGAAUUCAAGGCACACUUAACCAGCAUGGCUACCACAGCAUUUUGCAGCGAUAUGCCAUAACAUCUGGUUUGGGCUUAGUCCCACUAUCAUUUGUUUUUCAAUAGGACAGUGACCCAAAACACACCUCCAGGCUGUGUAAGGGCAAUUUGACCAAGAAGGAGAGUGAUGGAGUGCUGCAUCAGAUGACCUGGCCUCUACAAUCACCCAACCUCAACCCAAUUGAGAUGGUUUGGGAUGAGUUGGACCGCAGAGUGAAGGAAAAGCAGCCAACAAGUGCUCAGCAUAUGUGGGAACUCCUUCAAGACUGUUGGAAAAGCAUUCCAGGUGAAGCUGAUUGAGAGAAUGCCAAGACUGUGCAAAGCUGUCAUGAAGGCACAGGGUGGCUACUUUGAAGAAUCUAAAAUAUCAAAUAUUUUGAUAUGUUUAACACUUUUUUGGGGGGGCGGUUACUACAUGAUUCCUUCCAUGUGUUAUUUCAUUGUUUUGAUGUCUUCACUGUUAUUCUAAAAUGUAGAAAAUAAAACCCUUGAAUAAGUAGGUGUCUAAACUUUUGACUGGUACUCUACAUUGCUAUACUGAGUGUCAGUUUCUCAAAGGAUGUAUUUGGGUGUUUUUGUAGCUUUUGUUCAUGUCUUUUGCGUGCCCUGAUACUGCGCAAUGAGGAAGUGAAUCGCGGCUGGGGUAAGUUUCUCAAAAACAAGCCAAAUCAAAGUGUCUGGACCCUUCUAUAACGUCAAUUUAAAUAAAUCAUGUAGAUUUAUUUCGGAAAAUUCUACUUUAAGUGUUAAACAUUCAAUGUUAAUCAAUAUUAAGUGGUUAGUGUUUAAUAUUACAUUUUGUGUGUUUGUUCCCGUCUUCAGUGAAACUGCAGCGAGGAUGGUGAACUUUGGCUGGCCUUUCCAGCCCUACCGUGUGUUUGACGUGACUGACGGCCAGGAGGUCAAGGAGGGAGAGUAAGAAAAUCUCUGGAUCAUGGUUCUAUGAGUUCUAUUUAAUUCUGCUGUAGGCCUCAUGUUAAAGGGAUAGUUCAGUGACUUUACAUGAUUAGAUAUUUUGUUCCUUACCUCGACAACAGUCUAGGGCACGUGUCAAACUCAUUCCAUGGAGGGCCGAGUGUUUUUGGUUUUUCCUUUCAAUUAACCCCUAGACAACCAGGUGUGUGGAGUUCCUUACUAAUUGGUGACCUUAAUUAAUAAAUCAAGUACAUGGGAGGAGCGAAAACCCGCAGACACUCGGCCCUUCGUGGAAUGAGUUUGACGCCCCUGGUCUAGGGCCUUCAAACUCAACUCUGGACCUUGAAGCCAGUUCCACAGCUUGUUUUCAUUGUUCCCCUCUAAUCAGGGACCUAUUUAGACCUGGCAUACCAGAUGGGUGCAAUUCAUUAUCAGGUAGAACAGAAAACCAGCAGGCUUUGGACCUCAUAGGGUAAGAGUGACAGUGCAAUCCACACUUGGAUUUUGUUAAACUAGCCACGGCCAACAAUUGUCAACGGAAGCAUUUUUGGUCCAAUUCCCCAUGUAGGUCAAUCUCUCGCUGAACAAUCCCUUUAAUGACAAAUGCAAGUCAUUACGAAAAAGUGCUUGUGACUGAAUACAUGUUGAAUGACUGUUUGAUUGCCUUCUGGCUGGUCACCAGGUCGUUCAGCAACCUGAAGGAGGUGCAGCUGGUAGUGUUCCUGCUGAGGAUGAUGGCUGAGAAGCAGCAGGUCAAGGUGGGUGUCAUCACGCCCUACAAAGCCCAGAAGGACCGCAUCAACCGCGAGCUGGCCAAGAUGGUCAACAAGAACCUCACGUGAGUGAAGUGCUGCACCAUAAAUGCGUAUUCUCAUUGGGGUAAGUAGAUUGACAGGGAUAUGCUCCGAUGGCACAAAGGGUCUGUUCGCGCUGCUAGUGUAAAGAGAAAAUUGCCAGAAAAGGAAGCCAUUUCAUUAGUCUUAGCUGGCAGAAUCAUUAGAACCAAUGAAAUGGCUUCCUUUCUGCAAGCAGUGUGAAGGGACCCUAAAAUAAAAUGCCUUGUGUUCCAGGGUGGACGUUGACACUGUGGAAGGCUUCCAGGGCCGAGAGAUGGACUGCAUCAUCGUCUCCUGCGUCAGGGCAAGCCACGAGCAGGGCGGCAUCGGGUGAGUGGACAAGUUUUCCUGGUAAGGUCAUGUGGCCAGGCCCUAUACUUGGUAAUGAUAUAACAAAUGUGAUUUAUGUAAUGCUUUACGUAGAAGUAGUAUUCAUACUACCAGUAUUGCGCUUACUUGGGUAAUGGGUAUAGUUUCUCAUCUAUGGUGCCCCCCCCACAGGUUCCUGGGGAAUCGCCAGAGGUUGAAUGUGACCAUCACCCGGGCCAAGUUUAGCCUGUUCAUUCUGGGCCAUCUACGGACACUCCAGGUAAUUAUGUCCUCCUCCUGGGUCAAAAAUCUGUGUCUGUAUGGAGGCCUGUCUGGUUGUAUUUCCUUUGCCAGCCUCGUUUUGAUUGUGUGUCUGUCUUAGGAAAACCAAGACUGGGGUGCGCUUAUCAAAGACGCCGCUACACGUGACGUCAUUAAAUCAACGAAUGAGAUGACCUUCAAGACGGUCUCCAGGAAGAUCUUCAAGCAGGAGCUGACCAGGAGCCUGUCUAACCCCCUCAGAGAAGCAGGCCCUCCCCCUGCUGCCUCCCGGCCCACCGCCGAUGCCCCCAGGGCUGCUCCCAUCGGGCUGCGGCGCUCCUCUGAGCCAGCCCUGUUCGCCCAGGGCUGGGACUCCCCCCAGCAGCCCAGCUCAGCAUCCCCUCCCCAGGCCGCUGACAGGCCCACAGACCCGCGUCUGGUAGUCCAGCAUCCACAGGCCCCCCAGCAUAGAGCAGACUGGGAUCUGCGAGCUGAAGGAAUCAGGGACCCACGAGCGGAGAUCAGAAGGGACCCACGAGCGGAGAUCAGAAGGGACCCACGAGCGGAGAUCAGAAGGGACCCACGAGCGGAGAUCAGAAGGGACCCACGAGCGGAGAUCAGAAGGGACCCACGAGCGGAGAUCAGAAGGGACCCACGAGCGGAGAUCAGAAGGGACCCACGAGCGGAGGGUUACAGAGACUCCCGGGUGGAAAACCUCAGAGACCCACGAGCUGAGAGGGACCCACGAGGACGGAACAGCCCAGAACAGCUUCACCCCACUGUGUACCGAAACCUGAGAUGUGCUGGCAGGGAGAGGGACAUGGACAGAGAGCGACACCAUUCACCUGUCACCGCGCCCUGCCCAGGAGACGGAGUCAACAGACCACCGUGGGACCACAGUGCUACAGCCUCCUUCAACAACCACACACACACUCACCCCCAGAAACGAGCCCCAGACACCCGAUGGAUCCCUCCCACCCACUCCAAGAGGGGGAAGAGAUGA